UCGAGUGGCACACAGGGCUCUGUGAGGUACGAGAGAAGGAGGCACGGAAAGAAGAGAGAGAGACGGAGCCCUCGGGAACUAUUCAAUCGGAAAUAAACAAAAACACACUUCUCUUCAUGGACUGUAAAAUUAAAAGAUUAAUUAUCAUUUGCUUGGAUUGGAAGAAUCAACACAUGCGACUCUGACGGACGACCUGAAUAACGGAAUUCACUUUUGGGGGAUUUUGGUAGACACUCCGAAAUAAUAUUUUUUUGAGGUUCAAGCAACAUUUUCGAAAUAUCGCUGAGAAGGUACAACUAUCCCCUAGCCAGCCUUCAAGAUGGAGGAGGAACAGUGCUUCUACAAUGAGUCCAUAUCCUUCUUCUACAACCGCAGUGGAAAGUACCUGGCUACAGAGUGGAAUACCGUCAGUAAGCUGGUGAUGGGGCUGGGUAUCACAGUAUGUAUCUUCAUCAUGCUGGCUAACCUGCUGGUCAUGGUGGCUAUAUACGUCAACCGCCGCUUCCACUUCCCUAUUUACUACCUGAUGGCCAACCUGGCGGCCGCCGACUUCUUUGCCGGUCUGGCGUACUUCUACCUGAUGUUCAACACCGGCCCGAACACACGGCGCCUCACGGUCUCCACGUGGCUGCUCCGACAGGGUCUCAUCGACACGUCCCUCACGGCGUCCGUGUGUAACCUCCUCGCCAUCGCCAUCGAGCGCCACAUCACCGUUUUCCGCAUGCAGCUACACACGCGCAUGUCCAACCGGCGUGUGGUGGUGGUGAUUGUAGUCAUCUGGACAUUGUCUAUCGUCAUGGGAGCCAUCCCGUCGGUAGGGUGGAACUGUAUCUGUGACAUCAGCACGUGUUCCAGCAUGGCGCCGCUGUACUGUAACUCCUACCUGGUGUUCUGGGCCGUAUUCAACCUGGUCACCUUCCUGGUCAUGGUGGUGCUGUACGCUCACAUCUUUAUGUACGUGAGACAGAGGACCAUGAGGAUGAGCAGACACAGCUCUGGGCCACGCAGGAACAGAGACACCAUGAUGAGUCUACUGAAGACUGUCGUCAUCGUAUUGGGUAAGAACCUCCACUACCUUCACAACAGACCCUAUAUGUUAGAUACUGGUACUGGGUAG